UUACAACCGUUACGCUGCUUGUAGCCAUAGAAACCGGUAAACAGCCGGCCUAUCCAUCGGUCAUACAGGCUUGUGUUAAGGACUAGGGGGAGGAGGAUGGAGCGGGUCCGGGCACCCUCUGAGAACCAGGCGCUGGUCGACGAGCUGCAGGUGGAGAGGAGGAUGAAAGAAAUGUUGGAAAACUCCAUAUUUGAAAUGAAAAACACAAUUGUAGAUCUGGAAAGAAAAUUGAAGAGUAUGGAUAAUGAAGGCAGUGAGUGGAAGACGAGGUAUGAGACACAACUCGAACUAAACAAACAAUUAGACAGACAAAGUCAUGUACUGCAAGAGAAAUCGGAAUAUUUACGUGGCAAUCCAACUGAUCGACUGUCUGCUGUUCGCUCCUUUGAGCAAAUGUCUGUGGCAGAGAAAUUAGGAUGGCCAGCCCAGCAAAGAUGGCAGAAACUGCAGGAGGAUGGUUCAUUAAACCAAUACCUCAAGCGAUUAGAAGAUGAAAAGUCUUUGAUGGACAAUCAGUUAAAAGACUUUGAACUCCGAAUGGAGCAAGAAGCGAAGGCAUACUACAAAAUUAAUGAUGAAAGGAGAAUGUAUGUUGCUGAGAUUGCACAGACCUCCACUGCACAAGACUCUGCUAAGAAACAGGCAGCUUAUCCAGCACAUGUCACCAGGGAGAAGCAAGCGCACAAGGGAAUAUAUAAUACUUCUACAAGCAAAAAGACUUCGGAUGGAAAGAAAAUACUGUGAGAAACACUGAACAACUAAAUAACUCUCAGAAAAUGAGACAUAUUGCCAAAUAUAAAACUACAAACAGUA